UAAACCGUUAAACGCCCCGUAUGUACUUCCAGCUUUCUGUCCGAUACAGAGAGGAAACAUGUCGGGAAGCCGUGAGCCCAGCGGAGGAACCGCGUUCAUGAAACCCACAGCUGGAACAUAGACGGACGUUAUAUUGUCAAGACGUUGGCGUUUUAUUCGAGUUUAGAGCAACGUCUGGAGUUACGUUACUAUUUCACGGAAGCGGGGUUGAAUGGACGGGUAGAAACUAGUCAGCCGGGGGCUUGAAGAAGAAGUAGCCGAGUAGGCAGGCACCCGGGUCGGGUAAAGAGGGAGAGAGAGACGGGGGCUUAAAUCAAGACGGGGCUGGUCCUUGCUGGGGGAUGUUAUCCGUACUGUCUUAUGGCAGACUGGUAGCCAGGGCUGUCCUGGGCGGACUCUCUCAGACGGACGGUCGUGACUACAGCCUGGUCUCCGCCAGUUAUGGCUUCGGGAAAGAUUUUCGCAAGGGGAUCCUGAAGAAAGGGAUGUGCUACGGGGACGAUGCUUGCUUCAUAGCGCGGCACAGGAGCGCGGAUGUACUGGGUGUAGCAGAUGGCGUAGGCGGCUGGCGUGACUAUGGCGUUGACCCGUCUCAGUUCUCCGCCACCUUGAUGAGAACGUGUGAGCGACUGGUGAAGGAGGGACGCUUCACUCCCAGUAAUCCAGUGGGAAUCCUGACCACUGGCUACUAUGAGCUCUUACAGAACAAAGUUCCCCUGCUAGGGAGCAGCACAGCCUGUAUUGUGGUUCUGGAUCGACGGAGUCACCAGUUACACACGUGUAACCUUGGUGACUCGGGCUUCCUGGUGGUUCGGGGAGGAGAGGUGGUUCAUCGCUCAGACGAGCAACAGCAUUAUUUCAACACACCCUUCCAGCUGUCCAUUGCUCCACCAGGAGCUGAAGGGGUGGUGCUCAGUGACAGUCCUGAAGCAGCUGACAGCUCCUCCUUUGACGUGCAGCUUGGUGACAUCAUCCUGACUGCAACCGACGGCCUCUUUGACAACAUGCCGGACUACAUGAUUCUUCAGGAGCUCAAAAAACUCAAGACUACCAACUAUGACAGCAUCCUGCAGACUGCACAGAGCAUUGCAAAGCAAGCUCACGACCUUGCCUAUGAUCCCAACUAUAUGUCCCCUUUUGCACAGUUUGCCUGUGACAAUGGCCUGAAUGUAAGAGGAGGGAAGCCAGACGAUAUCACGGUGCUGCUGUCCAUUGUGGCUGAAUAUACAGACUAAAAAAAGCAUGUGUGAGAGAGUGUGUGUGUGUGCGCUUCUCUGGGGCUGAUCCUUCCUUUCCGUCUGCCUGAGUCUUCCACCUGCAGUCCUCCCGAAAUGCACUGCGUCCUGUGGGCUGACAGGGGAAGCCCACCAACACGACACACACUCCUCACUGCCGGGGCCUGGCGUUCACCCGUGUACAUUUUGUUUUCUUCCUCUUGUUUUUGUUUUGGUGCUUGAACGGUUGAGGGGAAGCAGGCAGCUAGGACAUUCUUUCAUGUUGAUCAUGACGCAGGAGGAGAUGAGUACAGCGGGCUGGGGGAAUGCCUUUCAGUCUCCCAUGUCUCAUUGCGUGGCAUCAACGCUUCUUAGGAGGUGUGACUAAGAGACGGUUUGGUUUGACUGAACAUGAAUGAGGCUGAGGGCCUUUAAAAUCUGGUUUCUCUCGUGUAUAAAAAGGUAGUAUUGUAAGAGGAGUAAGCCAUGGUUUGGGAUUCUCUUGAGCGUAGUGAUAGUUGACUAUUGAACCCGGCUAUCUGUCUCUGUUGUUCCACUUGUUAAUCUGUAUCAUGUUGUAAAAGUGUUUUGAAGAAAGCAUAUAAACGGGCUGAGGAAACUGAUGUGAGGAAUAGACGUGUGUUAUUGGAGAAAGAGAUGUAAGAGUUGGAUUCGGGAAUGUGAACGAUGGAAGAACUAACUGGUAAUAGAGAAACACUUAUUAGAGCCAACAUGUGAAGGUUAAUCAGGUUUUGUCUCUUGGCUGAGGGAUCUGUCUGUGCACACAUCCAGAUAAGUUGUAAAUAUAUUUGUUUUCUAGGUCUACGUCCUGGCCUUUUUCUGUUGUCUUUGCUUUGGUUGUUUAAAGCAAAGAAAUAUAACGUUAACUAUCGCAGAAGAUGUACACAUGCAUUCAUAAAUAUAUUUUCUUGUAUAGAUGUCAAUCUUGAAGUGAGCUUUAUCAAUCCCACACUUCCACUCGCUGAAACGAACAAGACAUUUGCUGAAGAUAGACGGCCGCAGCAGUUGUGUGGUAGGAAAGACAUUAAAAAAAAAAAUGUGUGCGUGUGUGAGUUGUAUACAUGUGAGAAGUCGUAAUUUGAACAUGUGUUGUAUUUAAUGUUAAUAUUUGUUAUCUCACAAAGCUAAAGCUAGCAUCUGGUAAUGCUUACAAUUUGCAAUGAUAGGUCAGGUGUGAAUUUAAAGGAAGAGAUGUAUUUUUUUAACGUUACUUGGUUUUAAAGGUGAAGUUUGAAGUGUCUGCUGACAUGAAAUGUGUGUGAUGGAUGACAAAAAGAUCCAGCUAUCUUAACAAGAAUCAGGUGUGUGUGCGUGUGUGUGUCAGAUUUAUUUUUAUCUGUCUCUCAGUUCCUUAUUUCCCCUUUACAUUUGUUUGCUGCUUCUCUUUUGUAAUGUGUGUGUGUGUGUGUGUGUGUGUGUAUGACUUGACAUGAUUUAUAUGAACAUGGUCACCAUGAUUGUAAAAGGGUGCAUGUAAAUGUGUGUGCUGGAUUUAAUCAAACGACAUUAAUCAAAGACAUUGAUAAUACUGUUCUGCUCAAGAUAGUGUCUAACAUCUCGCUCCAGUGGUUCAGAAAGUGUCUUUACAGUUUAAAAGCAGGUGCACCAAAGACACAUUUUCUUUGUGUAUGUCAUUAUACUUUUUUUUGUCACAAACAUCAUGCAGCAAUACUGUAAAUUCCUCGUGCUCUGAAUCUUUGUGUGAUAGCAGGAAGUGUGUGUGGAAAUGUUCAGAAGAACAUUAAAAUGUUGGGGGGGGUUUUGCCUAUAGUUGUUUGAUCAGAACAAAAGUUGUGAUGUAUGUGACUGGUUAUCUGUAACAAAAGUAUAAGACAGGUUUAUGAAACCAAAGAAGGAAAGCCAUAUAUAAAUACAUGAUUAGGGCACUGCUUUGUAAGCCCUGAUGUAAACAUAACAUUGUGUUGGUGGAGACCAAUAUUGUCACUUUGUUGUUCAUCUAACAAUCAUGGUAGAAAUUGUACGACUGUUGCCAUAAUUGAAUCCACUAGUCCUGCAUGUUUCUUUUAUUAGAAAGCAGGAUGCUACAAACAAUUCAUAUGUGAUGGCAGGAGUACAACGCUUGAAAAAGUUUGUCUCCUGCAACGACCACGUUUUGCAUUAAUUCAAAUUUUACGACAUGGAUGAGACCAUUAUUUGGGUAUUACCUGUCCUGUCUGUACUGUCUUUUUUUGCAUGAUUUCUGUCUUAUCUAUUGGCGAUCUUACAAAGUUAACUUCACACAGUUGUAGUCUGUUUCUGUUUAUGAAUGGUUUGUGUAUAAAGGCUCUGAGCUUGUAUUUACUUCAAAGAUAGCCCUAUAUUUGACAGAAAGAUGUAACUCAUAUGCAGGAGGAGGGGGGUGGUGAGAUAGGUAAUGGUGCUGUGAACUUACAGUGUGGGGGUGGAGCACAGUUUCAGCCUUAACAAAUAGAUAGACCUGUAAUCAAGAGGCCUUUCCUGUCAUUGCAAGCUUGUCUCGUCCAUGUUGCCCAGUGUUUGAUGUAAACCAAGUCUGCCCCCAUCUUUCUCUCCUGUAAAGCAUUUCUCAAAGGUGCUUCUGCAGUCUGUAUGGUAUGAUUGUCCUAUUUCCAGCAAGCGAUGUUUGUGCGUGUGAAAGAUACACCUAUGUCUACAGUGUAACAAUGCAGGUCUAAUUUAUGUAAAUAUGUUUUAAAAUAUGUACAAUAUUUAAAUAAAGAAUCUAGUAUUUAUACAAAAUCA